AUCGAUCACCAACGAGCAAAGCCCCUUUGAUCCCACAUUUCCCUAAAACUAUGGACCCUCGGCUUCACCAAGCAAUAGAAUAUGAUGAUGUUGAUGAGCUACAUAGGUUAAUUGUGGAGGACCGAAAACUCUUAGAUCGUGUAUCUGAGGAACCCUUCCCAAAUACUCCUCUCCACGUCGCUGCGGCUGCCGGGAAAAUCCAAGUGGCCAUGGAGGUGGCCAUCUUGAAGCCAUCAUUUUCUCGGAAGCUAGAUCCAGAGGGUUACAGCCCCAUGCACUUGGCUUUGCAACACAAGCAUUAUCACACCGUGAGGGCACUGAUGACCCUUGACCCCGAGUUGAUUCGAGUCCAAGGACGAUGCGGGAUCACCCCUUUGCAUUAUGUUGCAGGGAAAGAAGGAGAUGAUGAGCUAGAGCUCCUAGCCGAAUUCCUAUCUGCUUGCCGAUCGUCCAUUGAAGACUUGACGAGUCGAUGCGAGACCGCGGUUCACGUAGCCGUCAAGAAGCACAACCUCAAAGCAUUCAAGGUUUUGUUUGGAUGGCUUAAGCGAGUCCAUAUGACACGAAUCUUGAACUGGAAAGAUCAAGAUGGUAACACCGCCUUACAUAUUGCUGCAUCUGAAGGGCAGCCCAAGAUUAUCAAGCUAUUGAUUGGGUAUACGGAUGUAAAUGCGAAGAACUUCCAGAAUAGGACAGCUCUGGACAUCUUCCUAGUGAAUGUUCAUUUUGAUGAAGGUCUUGCGAAGAGGUUAUGCCUAAGAUCCACUUCUACCCUCUCUCUAUCACAGUUUUUAAGCAUGGAACUAACUCACUUUGAGAAGUACUUAUAUAUUUUCGGCAUCCAAAAUGAAGCCACUCUCAACAUAAUCCUUAUAGUGGCUACCUUAAUUGCGACUGCCACUUACCAAGCUGUUCUGAGUCCUCCGGGAGGAUACUGGCAGGAUUCCACUUCAAAUCCCCCGGCCAAUUCCACUGUCGUUACCCCCAAUUCCAGCAGCAUUGCUGUUGAAAAGCCACAUCAAGCCGGGAACAUUAUAAUGAGUGGCUCAAAUCUAUAUUUCUUCGCAUAUCUCAACAGCACGGCUUUUUACGUCUCCGUCUUGUCAAUCGGGGUCUCUGCUCUUUCACUGUGGCCCAACACUCGCAUUGUUUACUUCUCUUUGAUUAUUCUUGGCUUUGCCUACUAUACGUUCCUUGUAAUUGAAUUCCCCAAAUCCUUUAGUGUCGUCGGAGUGUUCGCGCUGGCCUUUUUGUGGUCCUUGCCAUUCGUGGGGUUGGUGCUCCCCUGGCUCUCGUGGCGAGAGCACUUCCGAGUUGUAUCCCGAGUUGAUGCCACAAGGAGACAAAUCAGCGACAUCCCAGGAUUAAAGGAAUAAUUCGCAUGUAUUUUAUUUACUUUAACUACUCUUG